AUGAAAAGCAAUAGUGAUGCUGAUCAUUAUAACACUUCUUUUAGCAAUAUAACUGAGUUUGUUUUUCUUUGUUUUUGUGUUUGUGUUUUGUUCUAGCUGGGAGGCUGUGGGAUCCUUGGAGUUGGCAUAUGGCUAGCCGUUACUCAAGGGAACUUCGCUACCCUCUCUUCUUCCUUCCCUUCUCUGUCAGCUGCCAACCUGUUGAUCAUUACAGGGACUUUUGUGAUGAUCAUUGGCUUUGUGGGAUGCAUAGGAGCCAUCAAAGAAAACAAGUGCCUCCUACUCAGUUUUUUUAUCAUGCUGUUAAUUAUAUUUGUGCUGGAGCUGACGGUGGUGAUUCUGUUCUUUGUCUACACCGACAAGAUCGAUAAGUAUGCUCAGCGGGACCUGAAGAAAGGGCUUCAUUUGUAUGGAACUGAUGGAAAUAUUGGUUUAACUAAUGCAUGGAGCAUCAUACAAACAGAUUUCAGAUGCUGUGGUGUCUCCAACUACACUGACUGGUUUGAAGUGUACAAUACCACACGGGUGCCAGAUUCAUGCUGCUUGGAAUUUAGUGAAAGCUGUGGUCUUCAUUCCCCAGGGACCUGGUGGAAAGCUCCUUGCUACGAAACGGUGAAAUUAUGGCUUCAGGAGAACCUGAUAGCAGUCGGAAUUUUUGGAUUGUGCACAGCAUUGGUUCAGAUUCUUGGACUGACAUUUGCAAUGACCAUGUAUUGUCAGGUUGUCAAGACAGACACCUACUGUGCAUAAAAAUCAUCUUCAGGGUCCGUCAGCCACCUCUCCAGAAGACGAAAGAGAGGACCCUCCAUCCUGUUGUCAUAUUUUUUCUAUGUAAAAUAAACUGUAUAAUCCUCUAUGGAAAAAAUUGUGGAUCACCCUAGUUUUGUCACACCACUCAAACGGUAUCAUCGUGGGAAUUCAGACUUGCUCCGA